AUGGGAAUGAAUGCAAAUCAGCUACUCUCUGUCUCCUGCCUACUCGUUUUGGCUAGUUGUUGCAAUGGUGGCAAAAUCUUAGUGUUUCCUGAAGAUGGCAGCCACUGGGUUAACAUGCAGGUCAUACUCAAGGAGCUGCAUGGCCGAGGUCACAGUCUUACCGUGGUGCGAUCUUCGAGGAGCUGGUUCAUUCAGAAUAACUCCCCACUUUACACCUUUAUUACAGUUAACAUCACUCAGACAGAUGAUGCUAGCUCUGGGUUUGUUGAAAGCUUGAUGCAGAGAUCUCUUUCUGUACACAGGAUGACACCAAUUCUGCGAUUUCUUGAACAGCAGAAGGAUGUGACAACCGUGUUAAAGAUAUUUCACAGUGGAGCUCUUAGUCUUAUUUCUACCAUGUUGGAUGACUCCUUACUUAUGGGACAGCUAAAGAAUGCUUCGUUUGACCUACUGCUAACUGACCCUGCUUUUCCUGCAGGGGUUAUUUUGGCCCACUACCUCCAUUUACCAAUGGUGUAUAAUGUACGCUGGCUCAAUGCAGGAGAUGCUCAUAUGGCCAUAGCACCAUCACCACCAUCGCAUGUUCCUAUGUACAACUCGGUUUUCAACAGCAGAAUGAACUUCCUGCAGAGAACUGAGAACUUCCUUCGAUACCUAGCCAGCAUGUUCCAGGAGCGCUUUGUAAUUGUCCCUAUUUAUGAAGAAUUGCUCAAAAAGCACUUUCCAUCAGGAUCAGAUCUCUUAACGAUGCAGCGUUCAGCAGACAUUUGGUUAAUGCGUGUUGACUUUAUUUUCGAGUUCCCAAGACCUAGCAUGCCUAAUAUAGUCCAUAUAGGUGGAUUCCAUUGUCACCCUGCCCAGUCCCUCCCUGCAGAGUUGGAAGAUUUUAUUAACAGUUCUGGAGAACAUGGGGUGGUGGUUAUGUCCCUGGGAGUUAUGAUCACUGCACUUCCCAAAGAAAUUACAGAAGCAAUUGCUGCUGCCUUUGCUAAGCUACCGCAAAAGGUCUUAUGGAGGUAUGUAGGUGAGCGGCCAUCAUCUUUGGGUAACAACACCAUGCUACUUAAAUGGCUUCCUCAAAAUGAUCUCCUGGGUCAUCCAAAGACUUGCGCAUUUGUGUCUCAUGGCGGUACCAAUGGAAUAUAUGAAGCUAUCUACCAUGGGGUCCCUGUGUUGGUUUUGCCACUGCUCUUUGACCAGUUUGACAAUGCAGUUCGACUAGAAGUUCGAGGAGCUGCUAGAGUGCUUGAUGCUGGUAUAUUAACAUCAGAAGAUUUUCUCAACAGCAUCAAGGAUGUCAUUGAAAAUCCAUCGUACAGAAGAAGCAUGCAGAAGCUCUCAGAACUUCAUCGUGAUCAGCCUCUUUCACCUUUACACAGUGCCACUUACUGGAUUGAGUAUGUUAUUAGGCACAAAGGAGCACGACACCUAUAUUCAGAAGCAAACAGUCUACCGUGGUAUUCAUACCACAGUCUUGAUGCAUUAUGUUUUUUGUUAGUCAUAAUUAUAGUUCCAAUCUGGGCAUCAGUAAUUCUCUGUAGACUGUUUUGUUGUACAUCUAAAAGAAAGCAGAAAAUAGAUUGA